AAGCUCUCAUGUGUCUGAUGCCAGACAGAACCUUGACAAUCAGUGGGACUUUACAGCUUUUGAAAGGAAAUGUGGCUUAAGGUUCACACUUCCUGAGAUGUUGUCCAGAUUCAAAGAGAACAUCCUGCUGCAGGUUCUGACUCUGGUUCUGUUCGGACCUGCCUGCCAAGCCUCUUCUCUGGGGCUGACGGUCCACGUUGUACCGCUGGACAACGAUGGAGGGAAAAUGGUUCGGGCUCAUUUCAGUGCCAUCGCUGCCACUCCUUGUCCAUCGUUGGCUGGACUGUGUGCUGUAGGGGAGGACUGUCUGGUCCAUCCCACCUCGUUACCCUUCAACGGCACCAAACCGGGUUCUGGCUGGUGUGUCCGCCAGUGGCAGAAAACUGUCCCCAGUAUUUACAGCGCCAACAUCAGUGUAGGGUCCAACGCGGAUUUCUAUGUGUCUAUGAAUGCAGGACCAAGUGUUCGGGCAAAUAGUGGCAGACUCAACCACCCUCCAGUUGUUGGUCUCCUCCCUCCACUGAGGGCCCGUGUGAACUGCCCUCAUCACUUCCAUCUGUCGGUUAAGGAUCUGGAUGGUGACGCGAUACGGUGUCGCUUCGCCCGGCCCAGCCAGGGAGAGUGUCUGCGGUGCACUCAGCACUCAUUUAUAGAGCUGGAUGAGGAGAAAUGCACAUUAACAUUCACUGGAAGAGCUCCAGCAGGACAGUAUUUCAUCUACCUGAUGGUGGAGGACCUGAUUCCUGCACCUAAAAUAAGCUUCUACGGUAACCAGCCCCUCAGUGCCGUCCCAGUGCACCUCUCUCUCACCGUGGAGGAGUCGACAACUAGCUGCACUGAUGAACCCGUGGCUGCUGGCGACACACCUGAAGAGAACUCCAUGCUGUUUGUCCUGCCCUACCAGGAGGUGGUAUUCAACGUCAGCUUCAUGUCACAGGCAGAGAGUGUUUUAGAGGUAGCAGUAGUUGGUCCCCCUGAACUCUACCGGGUUGGGUUCAAAACCGUGGGCCCCCUGGCGUUGAUGACCAUGGCCUGGAUUCGCUCCAAAAACAACCUGACCAAAAUUCUGCCCAUCUGCUUUGCUGUGAAUACACAGAGUUUGCAGUCAGAGCCCAGAUGUGUGUGGCUGUACCAGAGGGAAAUGGGGACGCUCCCUGCAGGGACAGAGCUGAAGUGUGAGAACACAGAGAUGGUUCUGUCACUGCCCGUCUCCUCCCUGAGUAACAUCAACCUAGCAGAGCUGCAGCUCAACAACCCCACCUGUCCCGUCACCUACAACAGCACACACCUGACCGCACGCGUCUCCCUGGAUGGCUGUGGCACCAAGCAAGUGCACUCUGGUUCUGAGCUGGUUUACACCAACACCUUGAAAAGUGUUCGUCCAUACACUAAGGUAAGUCGCCAGCCCUCCCUCAUCCUCCCUCUGGCUUGCCGUAUCCCUGGAGUCCAGGCCACGGGACCGAAUUACAAGAUCAGCUUGCCCUCAGAGACAGAGAUGUUCGGUCCACUUAGGAUUUGGAUAGAAGUUCUAAUGCCCGGUGAGGGGCCCAUGGCAGAAUUCACACGCACCCCCAAGUUCCGCUCCCUCCAACUGUCGCCAGAACGAUCGCGUCGAGAAGCAGAAUCACCAUCAAAGAGCGAUACCUCCACCAACAGCAGCUCCGCCAACUCCACUGAUAACAGCAGCUCUACCAGCGGGGCUGUCGGGUCCAGGAUCACUCAGCUGGAUCUCCAUGUGAUGUCCAACUGCAGCAUCAAGCGAGCGGAGAUGAUAGUGAGCAACUGUAUUGAGUCUGAGACAGAGGACUUUGCAGAGUCCCGACCCAUCCUGCGGCAAGGGUGCACAACUCCUAAUACAUUAGAGGUUAUUACCUCACAGUCCUCUUCUAAGAUUUAUCGCAUGGAUUUGAGCAAAAUUGAGCCCAAAGGAUUAAUGAUGUAUAUCCGGUGCACAGUGAAUCUGUGCAUCACCACCUUGGGCUCUCUGAAGUGCCCUGAUCUGUGUACCCACUCCCUGGAUCACAGAUCGGUGGUGGGCAGCGUGUUCACCAGCAGCUACACUGUAGACUCAGCACCGAUUGGCCUCGUGGUCACAACUGCUGCACCGUCCACAACAUCCGUCGUCACCACUGAACAAACUAUAGUUCCACAUGAUACUACAAACACCAGCAGCACCUCUCAUGCUCAAGAACAUGCCUCAGCCGUGGCAGCAGCAGUGAUUUUCACAACGAUGAGCAUAUUUCUUCAAAAUGUCUUAUUUUACUGAAAAAGGCUCCGGAUGAAGAUCUGUCAGGAUACAGAGCACCACACCUUCCUGUUUGGGAUUUUUGAAGAUGUUUCUCCUCCCGUCCUGUCAGCUCCCUCAUUUUUUUUUUAUCAAAUCAAUGACAACUAUCCUUAACAGAUAUUUAAACAGUGAAAGUAAAAACUGCUCCACUUUAUCUCUUUCCUUUGAACGUGUACCUGUUUUAUCAUUGUAAACUUUACCAACUGAAACAAAACUAAAUGAAAAGGUGUUUUACUGCCUGACAUCUCCAGAGGCAGAAAUGUGACAGUGGUGGAAUGAAAUUUUAAUAAAUGUACUUAGGUAAAGC